AAUUGUUUUGUUCGAUUGCACAAACACCAUUGUGAAUAUUUGAGUCAUUGUCAUUCUUCAGGUGAUUUUAUGUCGAGAAUUGAUUUGAAAGUGAAAAUUUGGGCCAGUGCAAACAAAGAUUACGUGCCUAGAUAACAGAGAAGUUUACAAAACUCCCGGACUGUUAAUAAAUAGGUGCUGCCGCCAGAGUAGUUUCUCACUUUAAGUACGGCAAGCAAGAGAAACCGGCAGUGGUAUACAUUCAUAUCCUUUCCUCUUCAACUAAGUUCUACAUAUUGCCCAACCUUAAAAUGUCCUACGACGCUGUAAACAUAGAAGGUCCAGCUGCUGAGGCAGCACCUGUUUUGCUCUCCAAACAUGCCAAGUACUUUGUACGUUUCCUGCAUCUACUGCCUGCGCGUUUAGCUUCCCAUGACUCAACAAGGGGGACCAUAGCAUUUUUCUCUGUUUGCGGUUUAGAUGUAUUGAAUUCGUUGCAUCUCUUAACUCCAGAAAUGCGACAAAACAUUAUUGACUGGACCUAUGGCAGUCUGGUGAUACCCCACACAGAUGAACGUAAUUGCUCAGGAUUUCUAGGUUCUCGUUCCAUCAAAAUAAUAACUGAAGAUGAAGAACUUUUGCGUAAUGCCAGAUGCUAUCAGUGGGGUCACUUGGCCAUGACAUAUACCAGUCUAGGUAUUUUGGUUACACUAGGAGAUGAUUUGUCACGUUUGGAUCGAAAAUCAAUCGUCGAUGGUGUGGCGGCUGUACAAAAAGCAGAUGGCAGUUUUAGCGCCUGCAUUGAUGGCAGUGAAAAUGAUAUGCGUUUUGUUUUCUGUGCGGCAGCAAUAUGUCACAUGCUGGACUAUUGGGGCGAUGUGGACAAAGACAAAAUGUUUGACUUCAUAAUUAAGAGCAUUCGUUACGAUUAUGGAUUUAGCCAACACUUAGAUGGAGAAGGUCAUGGUGGCACUACUUACUGUGCAUUAGCUGCUUUGCAAUUAAGUGACCAAUUACAUAGACUAGAUGCGGAUACAAUUGAAAACAUUAGACGUUGGUGCAUAUUCCGACAGGUGGAUGGAUUCCAGGGAAGGCCCAACAAACCUGUGGAUACUUGCUAUUCAUUUUGGAUUGGAGCUUCUUUAAAGAUAUUAAAUGCAUUUGAAAUGACUGAUUAUGCGGCAAAUCGUUCCUAUAUACUAGAAACUCAGGAUAAUAUUGUUGGUGGUUUCGCAAAGUGGCCACAUUCUACUACCGAUCCAUUCCACACAUAUUUAGGUCUCUGUGGGCUAUCGUUUACCGGCGAACCUGGUCUACUUGAAGUAAUGCCUAGUCUUAAUAUGUCUAUGGCGGCAUAUCACAAAGUCAAAGAAUUACACGCGAAAUGGCGAAACAGCAAUAUCGAGGAAGAUCACAAGGCGUACAUGGAGACCCUAAGUCAACGACUAUAUGAGACAAAAUUAUCCGUAGAAGAUGAGACAACUGCAACAAUUACCUCGCCAUUAAUAAAAGCACAAUGAUAAAAGUUACAUUAUUCCAGAUAAAAUUUUAUUUCAUUUUUUGAAUGUUUAUAUCUAUAGAUAGUAAGCUUAUUGUAUUGUAUUUAUGUAUAGGUAUGUAUUUUUUAAGAUUAAAACAAUAAAGAAAAUAUCAAUGCCCAA